AUGAAGAGUGGCGUGUGUCUGUGCGUGCUGAUGGCAGUCCUGGCCGCAGGCACCCUGACGCAGCCAGUGGCCCCGGCAGAAGCCGCGGACUCCGCGGUGCAGCGGGCGGAGGAAGCGCCCCGAAGGCAGCUGAGGGCCGUGCUCAGGACCGACGGCGAGCCCCGAGCGCGCCUGGGCGCACUGCUAGCGCGAUACAUCCAGCAGGCCCGCAAAGCUCCUUCCGGCCGCAUGUCUGUUCUCAAGAGCCUGCAGAGCCUGGACCCCAGCCACAGGAUAAGUGACCGGGACUACACGGGCUGGAUGGAUUUUGGCCGGCGCAGUGCCGAGGACUACGAAUACCCAUCCUAGUGGACCAGCUUCUCAGCCCUGCUUGGAGGAGGUGGAACGAGAAAAGAAUCAAGCACACAACCCCUUGCCUCUGCUGCCUGACAUUUUGAGUAUCUAUUUAUUAAGUUCCCAGUGUGAAAUCUGUCUGUUAAGAGUGUGCGGUGCAGCCACACACCUCAGUGCAUCUGGCGGUUGGAAGGCAAUGUUUUCCCACAGUGA